AUGAGUCAUCAUCCUCCAUUUAAACAAGUCGAAGAUAGUCGACCAGAUUAUGAAACUAAAAACACAUUUCACUAUACAAAAACACCACAACCAGAUUGGAAAGCAGGUGAUGGAUUAAAUAAUGCAAACUUAAAACAUCGUGAAGUGUAUGAAGACCCAUCGAUUUCAGGCAUCAAAACUUAUAUUCCUUAUGAGAAUAUCUCGGUACCUGAUAGUUAUAAAUUGAUGAUCAAUUCGAUUGUUCCACGUCCGAUUGCACUUUGUUCUACUUUAAGUGAAGAUGGAGUCCCGAACCUUGCUCCGUUUUCUUACUUUAAUGCAGUUGGUCAUAAUCCACCAAUCAUUAUGAUUUCUUCUACUGAUCUUCCUAGACAAAAAGAUACAGCUGUCAAUAUAAGAAAAACUAAAGAAUUCGUGGUCAAUAUAAUUUCAGAACCAUUUGUGGAAGCUGCCAAUUUUACUUCUAUGGAUUCUCCAGCAGGAGUUUCGGAAUGGAAACUUUCAGGUCUGACUCCUCAAGCUUCUUUGAAAGUUAAACCUCCUAGAUGUCAAGAAGCUUCAGUGAGUAUGGAAUGUGAAUUAGUCUUGAUGUUCGAUCAUGACGAUCCUAAAAAACUUUCGCAGACUAUGAUCCUUGGAAGAAUCAAGGCUUGGAAUAUUAAAGAAGCUAUUCUCGUUGAUGGUGGACCAUCCAUCUCAGUUGAAAAAUUAAUGCCAAUCUCACGUCUUGGUGGGAUCAGUUAUAGUCGAGUGACUACUGCGUUUGAAUUAACUCGACCGGUUUGGGAAAAGGUAAAAGAUGAACCUGAAAUUAAAUCUUUACUUGAGAAUGAUGGAAAACAAUGA